CAUUCGUCUGAGCACCCGACAAACAUGGGAGUAUCAGAGGAAGUAACGCCAGCGGCUGGUAUCGAACCCAGGCCCCCCGGUCCCGAUCAGAGUGACGGAAGUGACCCUGAACCCGACGAGUUCGCACCAAAAAGGAAACAGAGGAGGUACAGGACCACGUUUACCAGUUACCAGUUGGAAGAAUUGGAGAAAACUUUCUCCAGGACGCACUAUCCGGACGUCUUUACUAGAGAAGAACUGGCCAUAAAGAUUGGAUUAACCGAAGCCCGAAUACAGGUGUGGUUCCAGAACCGGCGAGCCAAAUGGCGCAAACAAGAGAAAGUCGGACCCCAAGGCCACCCAUACACACCCUACCUGAACCAGUCCACCAGCGCACCCUCGCCUUCCGUAGUACCACCCUCACUACCCAACCCUUUCAACCUACCCUUCGGCCUACGCAAACCUUUCGACCCCUUAACCUUCCGCUACCCGCCGCACGUCCUACCCGGGUACUUACCAACGCCACCGUCGUACCACCGUACCGGACAUCACCUUCUACCACCUUCCGUAGGGCUGUACCCUUCGGCAAGUUCCUUCCAGACCCUGCUGGCGAAUAUAUCGGCUGCGCAGAGACCUAAACAGGAGUUCACCGCCUCGCCGCCGUUGUCACCUGGUGGCGCUGCUAGCGCUGUCACGCCGCCUGACGUUGACAGAAGGAGUUCGAGUAUAGCCUCGUUACGGUUGAAGGCGAGAGAACACGAAAUGAGGCUAGAAAUGUUGAGGCAAAGUGGAGAUUUGAUUAGUUAGAGUGAAAGAAUGUUUUAAUCCUAUUAAGCAAAUUUGAAGAUUUAAUUUAUCACGUAUAUAAAAACAAGUUUUUUGUAUAACUUAAGUUUCAUUCAGAAAUCGUUCAGAAUGUCUCUAAUUUCAAUAUAAGCAUUCAGAACUUCAAAAUUAGUGGUAGUACUUUUCAAUUAAAAGAAAAAAAAUAACAAACUUUUAACUUGGACAGCGGCCCAGCUACGCCGAACCACCGGUUCCCCAUAGAACACCGAAGUUAAACGACGUUAGACGAUGCGAGUUGAUGGACGGGUGAACGUCUGAAAACUCUGUCGUGUUGUUGUUACAUGGUUAGAAUGUAAAUUCUAUUGACAUACACUGCUUAUUCACACUGGCUUGAGGCCGGAUGAGAUCAGAUAUCUCGUGAGUAAGGGUCGAUUUAGACACUCGCGGUUCCGCGUAAACAAAGUAGGCCCUGUCCAGAUUAGCCUUAGUGGCAAAAAAAGAGACGUUAAAAACCAAUUUGAACUUUGAACAUUUAACUUUUUCAUGAUCUGACUUUUCAACAUCUAACAUAACAGCAUCUGUCAAGAGAAAUUGUGGCUAGAAAUAAAAAGUUUAUUGUCUUUUAAGGUAAUUAUUAGGCUUUCUUUAUGAAUA